AUGGCCCAGUCACAUGCCAGUGCUCAGGAACGUCAUAUGAUGGGUAGGGACCGCCGGGCAAGGCUGCGGCAGGCAUCUGCUGAACGCAGGACCCCGCUAGGUAGCACACCUCCAGCUCCCACCCCAUCCCACGGCCAUCGGCCACCCUGCAACUCAGGUGCUGGACCUGCAGCGUGCGGGGACGCGACGCCGACUGCACGGGCACGGGAUGGGAGGCAGAGGCGGCGGAGUUGCGUUCCCAAUGCAAGGAAGGAGCAUUAUGCACAGGGAGAGGACGGCGGCACGCUGACCAUCGGCCAGCAAAAGUGUCUGGAGGACUGCAAGUUCAACGUGACAGCGAAGACCUUCUUCAUCAUUCACGGCUGGACAAUGAGUGGCAUGUUCGAAACCUGGCUGGGCAGCUUGGUAUCUGCUCUUCAGGAAAGAGAGAGAGAUGGCAAAGAGAAAGAUGCCAACGUGGUCGUGGUGGAUUGGCUUUCGCUUGCCCACCAGCUCUAUACCGAUGCUGUGAACAACACACAGAUCGUUGGAAAAAGCAUAGCCAGGCUGCUUGACUGGUUACAGAGGAAAGCCGAUUUCAACAUCAAACUGGUGCUGCUACUGGGCUGCUCCUGGCUAUAUUCUGUAUGAAAUAACCCAGUUUCUUACCUGGCAUCUUGCGUACCGUCUCUAACACCAGGCUUGGAUCCGGCUGGCCCUAUGUUUGAAGGAGUGGACCCUAGCAAGCGCCUCUCCCCUGAUGAUGCUAACUUUGUGGAUGUCCUACACACCUACACAAGGGAAACACUAGGUGUUAGCAUUGGGAUCCAGAUGCCUGUAGGCCAUGUUGACAUCUACCCCAAUGGGGGAGACUUCCAGCCUGGCUGUGGAUUAAGUGAUGUCUUGGGAGCAAUUGCCUAUGGGACAAUUGGUGAAGUUGUUAAAUGUGAACACGAGCGGUCUGUGCACCUCUUCGUGGACUCCCUUGUGAACCAAGAUAAACAAAGCUUCGCAUUUCAAUGUACCGAUUCCAGUCGCUUCAAGAAGGGCAUCUGCCUGAGCUGCCGGAAGAACCGCUGCAACGGCAUCGGCUACAAAAACACGAAGAACCGGACACACAAAAGAAACAGCAAGAUGUACUUAAAAACAAGAGCUGACAUGCCGUUCAAAGUCUACCAUUAUCAGAUGAAGAUGCAUGUCUUCAGCUACAACAGCUUGGGAGAGGCUGACCCCACUUUUUCUGUCACUCUUCAUGGCACCAGUGGAGACUCUGAACCCCUCUCUUUAGAAAUGCUCGAUCAAAUUGGCCUAAAUGCUACUAACACUUUCCUGGUCUAUACUGAAAAGGACAUGGGUGAACUUCUAAAAAUAAAGCUCACCUGGCAGGGAACAUCUCAGUCAUGGUACGAUCUGUGGAAAGAGCUGAGGAGCUACUGGUAUCGGCCUGUGAAGUCUGCCCAGGAACUGCAUAUCAGACGUAUACGUGUGAAAUCUGGGGAAACGCAACAAAGGUUUGCCUUUUGUGUGGAGGAUUCCCACCUGACCAGUAUAACUCCUGGUAAAGAGCUCUGGUUUGUGAAGUGCACAGAGGAAUGGCAAAAAAGAUCUGUCUCAAAUUUGCUCUGA